CUUAAAAGACUUUCGAUAGUUGAGAUAAUGUCCACCCCUUUUUUGGCUUGAAGCUCAUCGUUUGAGUAUUGGAUGUUAUGUGUUUGAGAAUUUUUAUGUAAGAAACAUAGCACAACUGUCCUUUUCUUACAACAUUUUUUUCUGUCAAACACUUCAUUUUUUUAUUUAUAUAUGUGGUUCUUUUUUAUCCACUCAAUUAUUUUCUUGAGAAACUGUCUAUAAAAAGCUUACCCCCAAGUGUUCAAAUUCUUGAUUACAAAAAAUUCAGUUUUCUGUUGUUUUUACCUUAUUGGGUAUUGUACAAAAAGCAAUCUUGGUGGUUAAAUUUUGAUUUUGUCUGAGUGGGUGUUGCCAGGAUGAUGUCUGUGAGUUGUCAUAAUCUUGAAAUUGGGAGAACUCCAUUGGAUUUUUUGGCUUGUGGGUGUUCUUCAAAUGCCUCAGUUAAAAGGAUUUCGAAGGGUAUUUUAAGGAAUGUAAGUAGAAGAUUCAAUGGAAGGAAGUUGUUGUCUUACAGACAAGAUAUUGACAGCAUCUCAACUAAGGCUUCACUUGCUGGGGUUGCACCAGUGUUGGAUUUGAAUAAGUCAAUGAAACCUAUUUCAUUGACUAAUGUUUUUGAAGUGGUUGCUGAUGACCUCCUUACACUAAACAAGAACUUGCAGAAUAUUGUUGGUGCAGAGAACCCAGUUUUGAUGUCUGCAGCUGAGCAGAUUUUUAGUGCUGGUGGCAAAAGGGUUAGACCUGCUUUAGUGUUCCUAGUGUCAAGGGCCACAGCAGAACUUUCUAGCUUAAAGGAUCUCAAAACAGAACACAGAAGGUUAGCAGAAAUCAUUGAAAUGAUCCAUACUGCAAGCUUAAUACAUGAUGAUGUGUUGGAUGAAAGUGACAUCCGAAGAGGAAAGGAGACUGUUCACCAAUUAUAUGGUACUAGAGUGGCAGUACUGGCUGGUGAUUAUAUGUUUGCGCAGUCGUCAUGGUACCUAGCUAACCUUGAAAACAUUGAAGUCAUAAAGCUCAUCAGUCAGGUUAUUAAAGACUUUGCAAGUGGUGAAAUAAAGCAGGCCUCUAAUUUGUUCGACUGUGAUGUUGGACUGGAUGAAUAUUUGCUCAAGAGUUACUAUAAAACGGCAUCCUUGAUUGCCGCAAGCACCAAAGGAGCUGCCAUUUUCAGUGAUGUCAACAGUGAUAUUAAUGAACAAAUGUUCCAAUAUGGGAAGAAUCUUGGUUUAUCAUUCCAGAUUGUUGAUGACAUCUUGGACUUCACCCAGUCAGCAGCACAGUUGGGAAAGCCAGCUGGAAGUGACUUAGCCAAGGGAAACCUUACUGCACCAGUACUUUUCGCGUUAGAGAAAGAGCCAAAACUUAGGAAUAUAAUUGAAUCUGAAUUUUACGAUGCUGGUUCUCUUGACGAGGCUAUCAAUCUGGUCAAGACCUGUGGGGGGAUUCAGCGAGCACAAGAUUUGGCAAAGGAGAAAGCCGAUUUAGCAAUGCAGAACCUAAAAUGCCUUCCAUCUAGUCCUUUCCGAGCAGCACUUGAGGAAAUUGUGAAGUAUAAUCUGGAGAGAAUUGAUUAGACGAAAACACAGUAUACAACUUUGGAUCAUUAUUCUCUAGAAGCUCCUAUAUCUAACCAUAUCCAAGGCACAGCGUUGAAGUUAUUACUACAGUUUCAAUGGGGGCAGCACGACCAGGACAAAAGUGCUUCAGUAUGCUCAUAUACUCAAAUACAGGUUGUAAUUUUCAGCUCCUAAUACAGCACAAUAUGGAGUUACCAGCAUUCUUUAGAAUUUGGCUAAUAAACUGUCAAAUUCAGCUGUUGUUGUACACUACAUAAAUUCCAUAGUACAAAUAAUGUCAUCAUGCACUACUAUUUA